CCUCUAAAGAGAUCACAAGGAAGUCUUGGUUUAAAAAGAAACAGAAACAUACACAGGGGGUUGGUGAAUGGUGCCGACCGCGGCCAUCGCAGUUGGAGGCUAUUUUUUGGGGGGGUGAGUAGCGUCCAUGGAGUUACUUUGCGCCCACUCCUAGAGGCACCAGCUCAGGGAUGGAGGGCUGACCGUAUUCCCAGCAGGGGUGCGGGGCUUGGGGACGCUGCGGCCCGGUCGCCUCCCUCGCCACGACCCCGGAUGGAUGCGCGCCCCCCGCCCUCCCGCGCCGGCCCCAGGAGCUCCUGGCUUCAGGAGCAUCCUUCCCGCGCCGGCCCCCGCCGCGGCGCGUAGCCGAGGGCAGCGCCCCUCGGGAGGGCACCGCGGACCAAGUGCCCCAAGCGAACACACCAACCCUCCUGGGCCAAUUGUCCCAUUUUCCUUGGGCGGGUUGGGACUCGCAGAGCAAUCCACUAAGCAGAUGGAAGAGAAGAGGCGAAAAUACUCCAUCAGCAGUGAGAACUCCGAUACCACUGACAGUCACGUGACAUCCAUAUCAGCAUCAAGAUGUUCCAAACUGCCCAGCAGUACCAAGUCGGGCUGGCCCCGGCAGAACGAAAAGAAGCCCUCCGAGGUUUUCCGGACAGACUUGAUCACAGCCAUGAAGAUCCCAGAUUCGUACCAGCUCAGCCCGGAUGACUACUAUAUUCUGGCGGACCCGUGGCGACAAGAAUGGGAGAAAGGUGUGCAGGUACCUGCUGGAGCGGAGGCCAUUCCAGAGCCUGUGGUGAGGCUCCUCCCACCACUGAAAGGUCCCCCUACACAGGUGUCCCCAGACAGCCCCACACUUGGUGAGGGUACCCAUCCUGACUGGCCAGGAGGCAGCCGCUACGACCUGGAUGAGAUCGAUGCUUACUGGUUGGAACUCCUCAACUCAGAACUCAAGGAGAUGGAGAGGCCCGAGCUGGAUGAGCUCACACUAGAACGCGUUCUUGAGGAGCUGGAGACAUUGUGCCACCAGAAUAUGGCCCAGGCCAUUGAGACACAGGAGGGGCUGGGCAUCGAGUACGAUGAGGACGUCGUCUGUGACGUGUGCCGCUCUCCUGAAGGCGAGGACGGCAACGAGAUGGUCUUCUGUGACAAGUGCAAUGUCUGUGUGCACCAGGCAUGCUACGGGAUCCUCAAGGUGCCUACGGGCAGCUGGCUGUGCCGGACAUGUGCCCUGGGAGUCCAGCCCAAGUGCCUGCUCUGCCCCAAGCGAGGAGGAGCCUUGAAGCCCACCAGAAGUGGGACCAAGUGGGUGCACGUUAGCUGUGCCCUGUGGAUUCCCGAGGUCAGCAUUGGCUGUCCAGAGAAGAUGGAGCCCAUUACCAAGAUCUCACAUAUUCCAGCCAGCCGCUGGGCCCUGUCCUGCAGCCUCUGCAAAGAGUGCACGGGCACCUGCAUCCAGUGUUCCAUGCCUUCCUGCAUCACGGCGUUCCACGUCACGUGCGCCUUUGACCGAGGCCUGGAAAUGCGGACUAUAUUAGCUGACAACGAUGAGGUCAAGUUCAAGUCACUCUGCCAGGAGCACAGUGACGGGGGCCCUCGGAAUGAGCCUACUCCUGAGCCCGUGGAGCCCAGCCAGGCCGUCGAGGACCUGGAAAAGGUGACCCUACGCAAGCAGCGGCUGCAGCAGCUAGAAGAAAACUUCUAUGAGCUGGUAGAGCCGGCAGAGGUGGCCGAACGGCUGGACCUGGCCGAAGCGCUGGUGGACUUCAUCUACCAGUACUGGAAGCUGAAGAGGAGAGCCAAUGCCAACCAACCACUGCUCACACCCAAGACCGACGAGGUGGACAACCUGGCCCAGCAGGAGCAGGAUGUCCUCUAUCGCCGCCUGAAGCUUUUUACCCAUCUGAGGCAGGACCUGGAGAGGGUUAGGAACCUGUGCUACAUGGUGACAAGGCGCGAGAGAACGAAGCAUACCAUCUGCAAGCUCCAGGAGCAGAUAUUUCACCUGCAGAUGAAGCUUAUGGAGCAAGACCUGUGUCGAGAGCCUCCUGGGAGGCGAACCAAGGGCAAGAGGAGUGACUCGAAGAGGAAAGGCCGAGAGGGUCCCAAGGGCAGCAGCCCUGAGAAGAAAGAGAAAAUAAAGGCUGGGCCUGAAUCUGUCCUGGGGCAGCUGGGUCUUUCCACCUCGUUCCCCAUCGACGGCACUUUCUUCAAUAGCUGGUUGGCACAGUCGGUGCACAUCACGGCGGAAGACAUGGCCAUGAGUGAGUGGUCUUUGAACAGUGGGCACCGGGAGGAUCCCGCUCCGGGUCUGCUCUCCGAGGAAUUGCUGCAGGAUGAGGAGACGCUACUCAGCUUCAUGAGGGACCCCUCACUGCGGCCUGGUGACCCUGCCAGGAAGGCCCGAGGCCGCACUCGCCUGCCUGCCAAAAAGAAACCACCCCCGCUUCAGGAUGGGCCCAGCGCACGGACCACUCCAGACAAGCCACCCAAGAAGCCCUGGGCGCAGGAUGCUGGCAGUGGCAAGGGCACGCAAGGACCACCCGCCAGAAAGCCACCACGGAGGACCUCUUCUCAUUUGCCGUCCAGCCCUCCAGCUGGGGACUGUCCUGUCCCAGCAGCACUGGAAAGCCCCCCACCGCUGGCCUCCGAGACCCUGGACGAGACAGCCCUCAUGGCUUCCGACUUGAAUGUCCAAGUGCCUGGCCCUACAGUGAGCCCCAAGCCCUUGGGCAGGCUCCGGCCACCCCGAGAGAUCAAGGUCAGUCGGAAACCUCCAAGCACUAGGUCUGAUGCUGGGACGGGACUGUCAUCUGCUGUGACCGAGAGGCCAAAGGUCAGCCUGCACUUCGACACCGAGGCUGACGGCUACUUCUCUGACGAGGAGAUGAGCGACUCUGAUUUAGAGGCAGGAGCAGAGGAGGUGGUUCGCAUGGGGGUACUGGCCUCCUAACUCACCAGGGCCCUGCCCUGGUCCCCCCACAGGGUCUCAGCCCAAUCACAACUGCCAUUUCCAACUGCUGAGUGUCCCAGACCCACCACUCUGUCGUGGUUUUAUUUUUAAUA